AUGGGGGACAACACCAGCCCCAUCAGCGUGAUUCUGGUGAGCUCGGGGAGCAGGGGCAAUAAACUGCUGUUCAGGUACCCCUUCCAGAGAAGCCAGGAGCACCCGGCAUCCCAGACAAAUAAGCCUCGUAGCAGAUACGCUGUCAACAACACUGGAGAUCAUGCCGAGGACCAGGACGGUGACUCCAGGUUUUCAGAUGUCAUUCUGGCAACAAUUUUGGCAACCAAGUCUGAAAUGUGUGGCCAGAAAUUUGAACUGAAGAUCGAUAACGUGCGUUUUGUCGGGCACCCAACACUCCUACAGCAUGCUCUGGGGCAGGUCUCCAAAACAGACCCAUCCCCGAAGAGGGAGGCUCCCACCAUGAUUCUUUUUAAUGUGGUAUUUGCGCUAAGGGCCAACGCGGAUCCCUCGGUGAUCAACUGCCUGCACAACCUGUCCCGACGGAUCGCCACCGUGCUGCAGCACGAGGAGCGCCGCUGCCAGUACCUCACUCGGGAGGCCAAGCUGAUCCUCGCGCUGCAGGACGAGGUGUCUGCUGUGGCCGAUGCAAAUGAUGGUCCGCAGUCUCCGUUCCAUCACAUCCUGCCCAAGUGCAAGCUGGCCAGGGACCUCAAGGAAGCUUAUGACAGCUUGUGUACGUCUGGCGUGGUGCGGCUGCACAUCAACAGCUGGCUGGAGGUGAGCUUCUGCCUGCCCCACAAGAUCCACUACGCCGCUGCCAGCCUCAUCCCCCCGGAAGCCAUCGAGCGGAGCCUGAAGGCCAUUCGCCCGUACCAUGCGCUGCUGCUGCUCAGUGACGAGAAGUCCCUGCUGGGCGAACUCCCACUCGACUGCUCCCCGGCCCUGGUGCGUGCGAUCAAGACCACGUCUGCCGUGAAGAACCUGCAGCAGCUGGCCCAGGACGCAGACCUGGCCUUGCUGCAGGUCUUCCAGCUCGCGGCCCACCUGGUGUACUGGGGCAAGGCCAUCAUCAUCUACCCGCUGUGCGAGAACAACGUCUACAUGCUCUCCCCCAACGCCAGCGUGUGUCUGUACUCCCCACUGGCCGAGCAGUUCUCCCACCAGUUCCCGUCUCAUGACCUGCCAUCUGUCCUCGCUAAGUUCUCCUUGCCCGUCUCCUUGUCAGAAUUUAGGAACCCCCUCGCCCCCCCUGUGCAAGAGACCCAGCUCAUCCAGAUGGUGGUGUGGAUGCUGCAGCACAGGCUCCUGGUCCAGCUGCACACCUACGUCUGCCUGAUGGCCUCCCCCAGCCAGGACGAGCCCCGCCUGCGCGAGGAUGAGGUCCCCUUCACUACUAGGGUCAGCGGCCGCAGCCUCAGCACACCCAAUGCCCUCAGCUUUGGCUCCCCAACCAGCAGUGACGACAUGACGCUCACCAGCCCCAGCAUGGACAACUCCAGCGCAGAGCUGCUCCCCAGUGGAGACUCCCCGCUGAACAAGAGGAUGACCGAGAACCUGCUGGCCAGCCUGUCGGAGCACGAGCGGGCAGCCAUCCUCAGUGUGCCCGCCGCCCAGAACCCCGAGGACCUCCGCAUGUUUGCCAGGCUGCUGCAGUACUUCCGUGGCCGCCACCACCUGGAGGAGAUCAUGUACAACGAGAACACAAGGCGCUCACAGCUGCUCAUGCUCUUCGACAAGUUCCGCAGCGUGCUGGUGGUGACCACCCACGAGGACCCGGUCAUCGCCGUCUUCCAGGCUCUGCUGACGUGA